AUGUCGAACACUUGCAUUUCCCUCGAGGGGUCAAGUGUCUGUUCUGCCUGGAGCAGCUCGUCCAUUUCAACCAGUUCUAGUCUAUAUGCGGACUUCCCUUUCCUUAAAGGCGUAUCGAAUCUGACGGAUUUCGAUAAUGCAUUAAAGGAAUAUGUCAACGGAUCAUAUAUCACGAUAAAGUAUGAUGAGUUACUGGGAUGCCAAGGCAUGAAUUCGAGCGCGCCCAACAACUAUUAUGCCCAGUAUACAACUAGCGUUCUGUGUAGCAGUGUCGUGCAAAGCUCCAUAUCUGCCUGCAAACUUUCCGCGGCUGACUCGGUACCAAUUUGUGUCGAUACUUGCGCACGUUGGGCCCGGAGUGAGCAGGAGACUAUGGCAAAUACAAACUUGUGCACCAAGAGCGACAAGAACUACACGGACCUAAUCUAUGCCGAAUUGACUAUCUGCGAAAAACCAUCCAAUGCCCUUUCUGGGGGUUGUGUCGAGGGAGCCGUAAAUGAGCCUGACAAUUGCGGCUUUGCGACCAAUAUCAUUGGUCUAUGCACUUUUUGUGCGAACGGCACCGAUAGCUGCUGCACGAAAUCCAACGCCACAAGCCGCUGUCGCGGUGUCGCAGUACCGACUGUUACUCUACCACCUCUUACGCCCUCGCCCUCCGCCACUAGAACACCUAGUCACGGCUUGUCCGGCGGCGCAAUUGCUGGAAUUGUAAUUGGCGCCGUUGUAGGAGCCGCCAUUCUAGGUGCUCUCCUCGCCUUCCUUUGCAUUUCCAUGCGCCGCCGUCGUCGUGAGACCCAAAAUGAAGCUACGCUCAACCAACCAAACCCACAAAGAAAGGGUGGAUUGCCAUUAAUGCAACAGCCCCCAAGUCCAACGUCGUAUAAUAUGGUUCCAGGAGGCCGAGUCACACGGAUGUCUGCACUGCGCGAAAUGCCCAGUUCAUCAUCGCCUGCCUAUUCGCGCACCUCCGCGGCGAUCUACGGCGGCGCGACCAAGUACAGCGACCUGUCAGACUCUGAAGGAAGGGGCGCCAGUCCAGGAGCCAUGUCCAAGAGAAUCCCCCCAGUGACAGGGAAACGCCAUGGCUCACUCUCGAGCAGCUCGAUUAUGGCCGGAGCAGAAAGCGACAGCUCGCCUCGCUCUGGUCCGACGAACCAAUACUCUUCCCCCGAAGCAGUGACCAGUGGUCGAUCUGAGCAGCUGUCCUAUUUCCGGGAUUACUACUCUCAGGAUGAGAUUCACGCCGGGGACAAGGUUGCCGUUCUCUGGGCGUAUUCGCCACGCGCAGGGGACGAAUUCGAACUUGACCGAGGUGAGAUGUUGAGAGUGAUUGGCAUUUGGGACGAUGGCUGGGCGACGGGUGUGCGACUCCUCGAACGUGCCGAGGACCAAUACAUGAAUCGUCGCGAACAGCGCGACAGUGGUGUCUCGAGUGGCUCGCGUAUGUAUGGUCGUUCGUCGCCCAUGCCAUCAGGCGAGAUCAAGGCUUUCCCCUUGGUCUGUAUCUGUCUACCGCAGCACUGGCACAAGAUCAUCGACGGCGGCCAGGCAGAAGAGGAAGUUUGA